AUGGAUCGCAAUGGGGCUGGCCAUGGAGUGCCUCCAGCCAAGCGACAGAGAACUGGUCACUUUCAGCACGACCAGGAUCAGAUGUGGCAUCGAGAGCAACUUGUGAAGUCGGGCCUUGCACAACAGACUGGAAUUCAACAUGCGCACAACCUUGCCGAAGACCAAGAGGAUACUCGAGUACAUCUAAGUGUCCACGAGCUUCGACCACCCUUCCUCGAUGGCCGCACGAUCUUCACCACGCAGCUGGACCCGAUUUCCGCCAUUCGAGAUCCCCAGAGUGACAUGGCUGUCUUCAGUCGGAAGGGAAGCAAGGUUGUGCGGGAACGUCGACAGCAGCGGGAGCGACAGAGGCAAGCUCAGGAUGCGACGACGAUGGCAGGUACCACGCUAGGAAAUCUUAUGGGUGUCAAGGAGGAAGAAGAAGGUGACAGUGCGGUAGCUGCGCCGGUCGAAGAGGUCUACAAGCGGGGAGGAAACAAGUUUGCUCAGCACCUUAAGAAGGACGAAGGCGGCUCUAGUUCGUUUAGCAAGAGCAAGACUCUGCGCGAGCAAAGAGAGUAUCUUCCUGCCUUCGCCGUCCGGGAAGAUCUCCUACGCGUGAUUCGGGACAAUCAAGUCAUUGUUGUCGUGGGUGAAACGGGCUCCGGAAAAACCACUCAGUUGACUCAGUUCCUGUAUGAAGAUGGCUACUCGAAGCUCGGAAUGAUUGGGUGUACGCAGCCUCGUCGUGUGGCAGCUAUGAGUGUUGCGAAGCGUGUCAGUGAAGAGAUGGAGGUGGACCUUGGUGAUCUCGUUGGAUAUGCCAUUCGUUUUGAGGAUUGCACCAGCGAUAAGACGGUAAUCAAAUAUAUGACGGAUGGUGUCCUGCUCCGAGAGUCUCUGGCACAGGCUGAUUUGGAUAAAUACUCCUGCAUCAUCAUGGACGAAGCACAUGAGAGAGGUCUAAACACGGACGUCCUGAUGGGUCUUCUUAAAAAAGUUCUCGCUCGACGAAGAGAUCUCAAAUUGAUUGUCACGUCGGCCACGAUGAAUGCAGAGCGCUUCUCGCGCUUUUUCGGUGGAGCGCCAGAGUUUAUUAUUCCUGGCAGAACAUUCCCCGUGGACCUUCACUUCUCCCGGUCCCCUUGUGAAGAUUACGUCGAUAGUGCGGUCAAGCAGGUCUUGACCAUCCACGUCUCGCAGGGUCCCGGUGAUAUUCUCGUUUUCAUGACGGGACAAGAAGACAUUGAAGCAACUUGCGAGCUCAUUGACGAACGAUUAAAUCUGCUCAAUGAUCCGCCAAAACUCAGCAUCUUGCCUAUUUACAGUCAACUACCAGCAGAGCAACAAGCAAAGGUCUUCGAGAGGGCAGAAAAGGGGGUUCGCAAGGUUAUUGUGGCCACCAACAUUGCCGAAACCAGUCUAACCAUCGACGGAAUCAUGUACGUUGUGGAUCCAGGAUACUCCAAGCUCAAGACGUACAACCCCAAAAUGGGCAUGGACAGUCUUCAAAUCACCCCGAUCUCCCAGGCCAAUGCCAAUCAGCGAUCUGGCCGUGCUGGACGAACUGGCCCCGGAAAAGCUUAUCGCCUGUACACCGAGUCGGCCUUUAAGAACGAGCUUUACAUGCAGACAAUUCCAGAAAUCCAGCGUACGAGUCUCGCAAACACAGUGUUGCUGCUGAAGUCCCUUGGCGUGAAGGAUCUUCUUGAAUUCGAUUUCAUGGAUCCUCCUUCACAAGAAGUCAUGUCUACCUCCCUUUUCGAACUUUGGGCUCUUGGAGCUCUGGACAACCUGGGUGAACUUACCCAACUCGGCCGCCGCAUGACGCCUUUCCCCGCUGAUCCGGCCCUUGCCAAACUUAUCAUAAUGGCUUCCGAGGUAUACGGUUGCAGUGAGGAAAUGCUUACGAUCGUGUCCAUGCUCACGGUCCCUCAUGUCUUCUACCGACCCAAGGAGCGCGAGGAAGAGGCCGACUCUGCCCACGAAAAGUUCUACGUCCACGAAUCGGAUCAUCUGACUCUACUCCAUGUCUUUACGCAGUGGAGAGCUAAUGGCUGCUCCGACCGCUGGUGUACCCGGCACUUCCUUCAUGCGAAAAAUUUGAGACAGGCCAAGGAAGUCCGUGAUCAAUUCCAAGACAUUAUGACACAGCAAAAGAUGCCACUCAUCAGCUGCGGCACGGACUGGGAUGUCAUUCGCAAGUGUAUUUGCUCCGGCUUCUAUCAUCAAGCUGCGCGACGAGGCGGUGGCAGUGGUAGUGAGAAAGAAUACCUCAACCUUCGCACCAGUGUCUCUAUGUACCUACAAAGAUCAAGCGCCCUGUCUGGGCUGAGUGAUGCCCCUCCAUUCGUUGUCUACCACGAGUUGAGGUUGACAGCAAGAGAGUACAUGUCUGUUGUGACAGCCGUCGAUCCUGAGUGGCUUGCCGAUCUCGGCGGUGUCUUCUACUCCAUGAAAGAGAAAGGCUACUCUCAGCGUGACCGUCGUAUCAAAGAGCGAGAAAUCAAUAAAAGCAUGCAGAUCCAACAAGAGAUGGCAGACGCUCGUGCGAUUGCUGCUCGAGCUAAAGAAGCCGAGAAAGAAGUCGAUUCUACGCGACGCAAAACCGAAAUCGAGGUUGGGGGAGCCCGGUCGGUUGUGCGUCGGCCUGCUGUUAUCAAGGGUGGUAAAAGGCAGAUUGGCGGGGUGACUGCUUCUUCAUCCCCUUCCCCUCGACCUGGUGCUGGAGGCAGUGGCUCCGGAGGUAGUGUGGUGAAGAAACCCAUCGGACGGAGGAGGCCAGGUCAAUUUUAA